AUGGCCUUCCUACAAGGCUGCGGUGCCCUUCUCGGAGCAUUGAGUCCAGACUUACAAGAUGGAAAAUCUUUGUGGGGUACACUCGACCAACCAUGCCUCGGGCUCUGGAUUCAGGACAACGGUAUCAACAGCGAGAGCUGCCCUUGGGGAGAUUUGAGUGAGAACAAUAACCCAUACCAUUCGGCGCCAGACACGGGAAUGACACGAUACUACGACUUCUCCAUCACACGAGGGUAUAUUCAGCCGGAUGGCUACAACAAGAGUGUUAUUCUAGUCAACGAACAAUUCCCAGGGCCUAUUGUUGAAGCCAACUGGGGCGACUGGAUUGAGGUCACGGUCUCCAAUAAUAUCGAAACCGUUGCGGAGGGAACAUCUCUCCACUGGCACGGAUUACUCAUGGAGGGGACUCCAUGGAUGGAUGGUGUUCCAGGUGUAUCACAAUGUCCCAUAGCUCCUGGAAGCAAAUUCACCUAUCGCUUCAGGGCUACACUAUACGGCACUUCUUGGUAUCAUUCCCAUUAUUCCUCGCAGUACUCUGGUGGCCUUCACGGACCUAUAGUCAUCCACGGCCCCACACAAUUGAGCUACGACACUGAUAUAGGCCCCAUUGAGUUCGAAGAUUGGUGGCAUCAGGAGUAUUAUGAAGUCGUUGAAAGUAUUAUGCAACCAAACUUUUCUGGCCGUUCGUUCUCAGAUAGCAAUUUGAUUCAGGGAAAAAACAACUUCAACUGCUCGAGUGUAUCUGCUGGUGAUACCACCAACUGCACCGAUAAUGCCGGUUUGGCCAAGUUCAGAUUUCAGUCUGGCAAAAUGCAUCGACUUCGUCUAAUCAAUUCUGGGUCUCAGGGUACUCAACGCAUAUCGAUCGACGAGCACACCAUGACUGUCAUUGCGUACGACUUCGUCCCGGUUCAACCGUAUAAUACUACUGUCGUCACCCUUGGCGUCGGCCAACGAGCUGAUGUCUUGGUUAAGGCAAAUGCCGGCGAACCCGGUUCGUCUUUCUGGCUUCGCGCGAACCUUACCAGCUGCGCCAGCGCAAAUGCGCCUAAUGCUCUCGCUGCCAUCCUCUACGAGGAUGCAGACCCCAACGAGCCUCCCACCAGUCAGGCCUGGGAUGUUCCCGAUCCGGGUAAUUGUGCCAAUGAUCCACUCGAGAUCACUAUCCCGUUCUUUCCAAUAGAGCUGCCAGAAGCCACCUACACUCAGAACUUGGAUAUUGGCAGCUACAUCAACGAGUCAGACAACUACCUCUGGACCUUUGGUAAUGUGUCGGCUCGCGUCGACUACAACUCCCCGUCCAUGCUACAAGUCAAGGAUGGCAAUUUCUCCUUCUCCGAGGACAUGAACGUCAUCAACUUCGGCACCAACUCGUCCGUCAGACUAAUUAUCAAUAACCCAAGUCCUGCUCCUCACCCGAUUCACGCCCACGGCCUGAACAUGUACACUAUCGCUGACGGCGCGGGGGACUACUCGGCCGACAACACAGCGUUUGUGCGCCCCGAAAACCCAAUGCGCCGAGACGUGCAGAACGUGCGGGCCUUUGGGCACAUCGUGGUGCAGCUCGAGACAUCGAACCCGGGCAUGUGGCCGUUCCACUGCCACGUCACCUGGCACGCCAGCGCGGGCUUCUUCGCCCAGCUGCUCUUCCAGCCCGACGAGCUCAUAGGCCUCGAGAUACCCGACAAUAUCGCCAGCACCUGUGCUGAGUGGGACGAGUUCACAUCCCGGAGCCAUCCCGAUCAGAUCGACAGUGGGCUAUAG